GCAAGCCAAGGCUACAUAUGAAUUAUGAUCUAGUUAUUCUAGUACAUCAGUACACUGAGUACAUGUAACAUUAGACUCAAAUUAGUUACAAAUUAGUUAGUAACGCUUGUGCUUGUUGGCUUGUUUUAAUUUUAGGGUGGUAAAUUGAAAGAAAAAAAAUGAAGGAAACAGAGCCUAACCCGACUGACAUUCUAGAGAACAAGGUUCCAAACCCUACUGAUUUCAAAUCUAGUGACUAUUCUAAUGUGCCUCUUGAUUUUAAGCAAGAACUGGCUCACUUUUCAGAACUGAAUGGUCGAUAUGAAGAGACCAAUAAAAUGUUUAUUUGUCAUUUGUGUGAUUUCCGCACAGCUUUCAGGAACAGUCUUUUAAAUCACCAAGCUGUCCACUCAGACUUGAGACCUUGGAUAUGCUCCAUGUGCGACUAUGCAGCCAAACGGAAACAAGACUUGAAAAAACAUCUUCACACAAUCCAUGGCAUGAUGGUAGAGUCUACCAUGCUGAGACCCAUCGGGAUGAACCUGAACAUAAGCGGCUCUUCCAAGUCUUUGUCUAGGGAGGAAAGCAGUGAAGACAACUCUUGUGAUAAUGAUAAAAACAAAGGUAUAGGCAUGGUUGACCCUGCUAUGUACUAUCCUCACAUAAACACAGACAGUCCAUCUGUGAUAGUGAAGCAAGAGAUACAGGAUAAGGCGUCUCAUCCAUCGUGUCAAGCCAACUUGCCCAGUAUGUCUAACUUUGUUAAGAAGAAACAACGAGACUCGCCUGAUCUUGACUUGCCUCUUUCUUUUCCCUCAAUAACAUUCGCAAAGACUUUGGGUAAUUCGCAUACAGAAUUUGCCAAGGACAGUAACAAUGGAGAAGAUUAUCCCUUCCAGGCAGAGCACUUCCCUGCUACAAACAGCUCAGCUUUAUCUGCAAGAGAUAAAUCUUCUUCCGAAACAUUCUCUUCCAAUAUCUCACAAAAGCCUAACAGAAAAAGACCCUACUCCAGUGUAUCAGAGGGGCAGGCAGGCCUGCAGGAGUCCACACAUCCAUCAGAUAGGCCAGCGCCCUCACUUUCUAAAACCAAUGACUCUGAUGAGCACCAUCCAUGCAGCAGCUCGAGUGCCGCCAGCAGCUCUCACAAUAAAGAGGGCCAGACCCAGGCCACAUUUCUGUGCGACCACUGUGACAUCAUGUUUUUCCAACGGGCCAUGUACCUCAUGCACAUAGGUCUGCACUCGCCAGAGGACCCAUGGUGCUGUGCAGUGUGUGGCGGAACUUUCACCGAGAAAUAUAGUUUUACCUCCCACUUUAUUAACCAGCAUUGAUUUCUCAUAGUUAUCUUUAAAAUUGCUUUUUUUUUCCUAGUCUUGUAGCUAUGUAACUUCUAAGAAUUCAUCAUUGGAUAAUUACAUUAUAAGUCUUAUAAAUUAGACUUAGACUUAGUCUAUAUCAGUCAAUAGUGCCAUAUAAGCAUUGUACACUAAUUUCAGUUGGGUGAAAUCAAAUAUUGGUGUGUAGCAUAUCUUCAAACCCCCCUCCCCCAUUUUUUUUUCAUAAGUUAAUGGCAAUAUCUUCAAUUCUUAAGAAUAAGGGGUGAGUACUGUUUCACAUGACUAUGAAAACCUGGUUUUCCAACCUGCAUAUUUUUCCACAUCCAAUGCAGACAAAGCUAUUGUCCGCUGGGGGUCUGUUAAAGUUUUCUUUAUGUCAUAAAAAUAAAUAAAUUAUAGCUUUUAUAUAGCCCUACUUUCAUGUUUAUAACAUGCUCAGAGCGCUAUGGUCCAAUCUCAUUUGUGGACCAGUUGCUGUUUUUAGGUGCUCAGUGAACAUAGCUCUGCUCGAGUCGUAUGUCGAUCCUCGAGCCCCUUUUGUAGGUAGCCAAGCCAAGUUCAAGCAUACUUAGCCUCUCGACCACGCUUCCCACUGCUUCAUCUGCGUCUUCUGCGCCUGUCUUCUACUGUAAGGGUUUUUCUUUAGGCCUCAAUAGUAUUUUCCAGAAAAAAAUGUCAAUGCUAACUCUAUUAGGUUAAGAAUGUUGCAAACUAUUAAUUGUUAUAUUUAAAAAUGUCACUCUUUCUAUUUCUUGAAUAGUCUUCUAUAUCUUUGUGUUUUAUUUUAAGGUGCCUUUGACACUUCACAUUAUACACACACUGGGAUAAUAUAAAAGAGUAGUUAAUUAUUCUAGAGGUAAUUAGCAAUCUAAAGUAGAAACACAUUUUCCCUUAAGAAAAUUGAAAUAAUAAUGUUAAGUUUUACUAUUCAAUCCACAAGGUAGUGCUGGUCAUACUAAAGGAUUACAUUGUUGCUUUAAGGGGGAAAAAAAAGGCAAUUUUUUGUCUUAAAGUUAAACAUAGGCAAUCAUUUCCCAUAAUGGCCUUUUUUUUAAUAUUAUUGUUAUCAAAGAGUAUGGCUAAUUCUGCUAGAUGCUGAGGAAGGUGAUAUGCUUACAGGGCUGUCUUGUGCUUGCUACCAAGGAUUUGUUUCCCUUGCAGUCACCACUCCUUCCUUCACCUACCGUUAGACAGUUUGGGGCACCACGCAAGAUUCUUUUACCGUCUUUCUCCAUUCCUUUCUGUCUUUAGCUUUGAAUAGAAUCUCUUUCAACAGCAGGCCUGUCCAGUCUUCCUAUCUGUCUCUUCUUCUUUUUCCUGGUACUGUUCCCUAAAGGAAGGUCUUUGCGAGCCCCAAAGAGCUUGUAAUGUGGCCAUAGAGUUUUAGUUUGCAAAUAUAUGUGAGCUAUUCAGAUAAAGAUUUCAUCAGGACUCAGGAAGCAUUGUCCUUUAAAUUUUUUAAGAAUCAAAUUUUUUUUUAAUGAUUUACAUUUUUAUUAUACGUAUAAAACAAAAUGAUGGCAAUUAAUUUUAUUCAUUCAGUUUUAGAAUGAAGGUCUAACAUAAAUUCUAAUUUUUUCUGUCUUUUUAGGAAAUCUACCAAAUAAUUAACAUGUAAGCAGGGUUUAUUUUAUUUAUUUUCAUACAUACAUGUCAUAUGCCAUUUUUAUUUGUAUUUUUCAAUCAGAUUUACAUUUGUUUUGAUGUUUAAUCAUAUUUUUGUUUUAUGACCUGAUGUAAUAAUCAUGUCUAUGUUUUAUGACCUGAUGUAAUCAUAUUUAUGUUUUAUGACCUGGUGUAAUCAUAUCUGUUUUAUGGCCUGAUAUAAUCACAUUUUUAUGUUUUAUGACCUAAUUUAAUCGUAUUUUAUGUUUUAUGACCUAAUUUAAUCAUAUUUUAUGUUUUUUUUUUUAAUAAUUUAUUUAAGGACAUUAAUGUUAUACAACUUUUAAUAUAAUUAUGUUUUAUGAAUACACUAUAUAGGAUCAUGUGCAAUGUAGCACAUAGGUAUUUGGUCAAUGUCCCUUGUUUCUAAUAAACAUCAACAACUGGGUGGUAUACUGAAGAAAACAGCACACUAUGGCACAGUCUGCAAAAGAGCUCACAGCUCAGCAGCAAAAAGCUGGCUAGAAGAAGAAGAAAAAUGGUGUUACUCAUCUGAAGACAUUUGAUAGCUGAUAUCUUCACAAUUAUUUGGUUAUUUUGAAUCGAACUUAAUCUUAUCACCCAAGAGGUUGAAAUGAAUUUCCUUGGAGUUGCAAAUACGGUAUAUAAAAUAUGCAUAAAAAACUUCAAACUGAUGUGUGAAGAUCCCAGAUGUUGUAAAUAGCUUCCUAAAGGUCUUUUUUAUAAAAUUUUGUCAGUUUCAGUUUAUCCUAUCCAUAUUUUUAAUAUACCAGUAACUGAUUUGGUCAUGUUGUAAUACUUGACUCACUGUCCAAAAUCAUCCUUCUUGGUACAGUGGAAGGAGCAAGAACUGACCUGGAAGAAAGGAGGGAUUUACUUAAAUGGUCACAGCACAUAAUCUAUGAUGCAAGUCAAGGGACUGUUGCUAAUGAUGAUGAUUAAUAAAACAAAAUACUAAAUUAUUCAUGAAAUUGGAAACUAUUUUACUAAAACAAAUGCAUUGUAUAUGUCUCAAACAUUUCAAAUCAGAAAAGACAAUUGCUACAGUUACAACAUUUUGUUACAUUAAAAAAGAUUGUUUGUAGUUUAGUCUCCACCUGUUGGCCGCCCUUCAGACUUAGAAAGACUAUAGUUCAUCUCAGUGAGGUGAAAGCCUGGGCAUUAGCUUUGGUUGGAACAUUGUGGCCCACUAGCUCACCCCCCCCCCCCC